UAAUAAAAAAUAAUAAUUCCCAUUUUUUAAAUUGUAAUCCUAUUUUAUAUGUAUGGCUUGGUAAAGGUAGGGCUAAAAUGUAAAAAAAAAAAAAGAAAUAUUCAAAGCGUUUAAAAAGUUAACAUGGCUCGCUAACCAACACCCACUCAUUAACCAACGUUAUUUUCACGCGCCAAAAAAAGAAUGUGUAUAAGCAAAAAAAAAUUAAGAACCAUCAAACCCUAACUGAAAACUAGCUGACACUCUCUUCACGUCUAUUACAAGCCAACAAAACACACCACUCUCAGAAACCCUAAUUCUCUCACAUUUUUAUCCUCAAUAUUAUCAAUGCUUUAAGAACAAGGAACUCAAUUCCCCUCAAUUGUGAGCUUCAGCAUGUCCGUCGAUCACCGGGAGGCGACUCCGGUGACCGGAGAAGGGAACGGCGUGGUGGCAGCAGUGGAAUCGGUGAAACAGACAAAUACUGCUACUGCUACUGCUACUACUACUACUGCGGCGACGACGACGACGAUGACAAAUGCUCCGGUUGUAGUGGGUUCAGUAACAGCGAGCCAGAGGCUAAGAUUAAACCCGAACAAGGAUCAUAAACCAGAGAGCUAUGAGGAUCUACAAUUGGACUUUUGUCCCUCUGUUUUUAGCUCUCUGGAGAGGUAUUUGCCUCCUAGCAUGCUUAGUGUUAGCAGAGAAAAUAAAGUCAAGUUUAUGAGAGACAUUCUCUUAAAGUACUUGCCUCAUGGAGAGCGUACCAGGGCUCAGAGACAGAGAGAAUACAGGCAGAAGAUAAUAUCAAAUUAUCAGCCUUUAAAUAGAGAGUUGUAUGCGAUGCACCCUUCGAGCUUCUUUGUUCCCUCAUUUAUAAAGGCAAUUAAUGAUAACACAGAGGAAAGUUUCAGACAUAUAAUGUCUGAACCCUCCCCUGGUGUAUUUACAUUUGAGAUGCUUCAACCACACUUCUGUAACUUAUUAUUAUCCGAGGUUGAGAAUUUUGAGAAGUGGGUUAAUGAUUCAAAAUUUCGUAUCAUGCGACCAAAUACAAUGAACAAGUAUGGUGCUGUCCUUGAUGACUUUGGUCUUGAAACCAUGCUCGACAAGCUUAUGGAUGGUUUCAUUCGUCCUAUAUCUAAAGUUUUCUUUCCUGAAGUUGGUGGGUCAACUCUGGACUCUCAUCAUGGUUUUGUUGUUGAAUAUGGUAAAGAUAGGGAUGUUGACUUGGGUUUCCAUGUGGAUGACUCAGAAGUAACUCUGAAUGUUUGCUUGGGUAAGCAAUUUUCUGGAGGAGACUUAUUUUUCCGGGGCAUACGAUGUGAUAAGCAUGUAAAUACUGGAAGCCAAUCAGAGGAGAUCUAUGACUAUAAACAUGAGCCUGGCAAAGCUGUGCUUCAUCGUGGUCGUCACAGGCAUGGUGCUAGAGCCACAACAACUGGUCAUCGGAUUAAUCUGCUCCUUUGGUGCAGAAGUUCAGUAUUUAGAGAGAUGAAGAAAUAUCAAAAGGACUUCUCUACUUGGUGUGGAGAGUGCUUGCGUGAGAAGAAAGAGAGGCAACGGUUAUCCAUUGCUGCUACCAAAUCGGAGUUGCUUAAGAAAGAGGGUGAAACCGCAACAUGAGGAAUGAUUAAAGGUAAUAAUUGUUGUCAGUCAGGUGAUUGUAAAAUUAAUUAUGUAGCUUCAGACAAUUCCAAUCUGGAUAUGGCAUAGUUGUAUUGUAUAAAUUUAUGUCUGGUAAAUUGGAGAAAUUUGUCUAUAGCAGCAUAUGCCUAGGAAUUUUUGUAAAAAAAAAAAAAAAAAAAAAAAAAAAAAAAAAAUUCUGAUCACCUCUAGUUAGCAUUCUAACCACAUUGGAAUUGUCAAUAAUUCUGUAACUUGUAAUUUAUAUGAUCUUCAAUGAAGCCUUUUCUUUUUCCUUUUUCUUUCUCUUUUCGGUUGCCGCUGGACUGGAGGAUCUUUCUAUCAAGUGCUUAAAACUUUGGCUAAAUUACAUUCAAUGUCCCUGAAUUUUGAGUCAAUAAAAUUCCUAAUUUUUAAUUUGUAAUACUAUAUUUGAUUUUUGUGAUCGCACCUUUAUCCGACAAAGAGUCUUUUAAGUUAUUAAAAUUUCUAAAUUUUGAUUUUUGUAAUCGCACUUUUAUCCGAGAAAGAGCUCACUGAAAAAUUAAAGUGACGAGCCACGUAUAAAAAAUUUAAUUUCUAAAUAUAUAUUAUCAUUAAAUUAAUUAAACAUAAAUAAACUAAAAAACUGAAGGACCAAAGUGUAAGUUUUCAUUAUUUUCUAACUAAAAUAUUUCACUCUUUUUUCAACACUUUCUCUCUUCUCUCGGUCAAAUCCUAACUUCACCAUCCAAAUCUUCAAUCCAUAAAAUUAUGCUUUUAAUUAUCAACAAGCUUUCUCUUUUUCUCUUGUCUUCGUUUCUCGGUUGGCGAUGGAGCUUCGGUGCUCCACAUCAACGCCAUUGUCAAUUGCCAUCUCCUUGCUGCUGUCCACCUCUUCUGCUGUUGUUUUUCUUUUAUUUUGUUUAAUUUUUAGAUCUGAAAUGCAACAAACCACAAGCAACAAGACCAUAUGCCGUCGCCGGUCACCACCUCUUCUGCUAUUUCUUUUAUUCAGUUUUUUUUUUUUAAUCUAAAAUACAACGUCACCUACAGCAAAUGUGACCAUCUCGAUGUUGAUAUUAUUACUUGUUGUAGCUGUUGAAGUUGGGCAGUUUUGAAUUCGAUUAUUUUUGCUUUUGCCUUCGAAUUCGAUUCCUCAAAUUUUCACUGACAUUGCUAUUUUCCUAAUUCAAUUUUCCAGAUUCUUCUUCUAUUACAAAAAAACUCUUCUAUGCCUUUCUCACAUGUUCCAAUAAGUUCAACAAAAAAGUGAAAGGAAAUAAAGUAUGCUUAGACAAAUCUACUGAUAACAAAAUGAAAUUUAAGCAGAACAACUUGACAUCAAAAUCUGGGUAUUUUAAGAAAUUUACACCUCGCAGUGCUGCAUAUAGUUUAUGAAUCUUUAGGUGCAUAGUAGUCUGUUUUUAUAAGACAGUGUUUGAAGAGUUUAUGAGCUGGGCAAGCUGUGUACAAGCAAAUGGUUUCAAAAGAUAAAAUGGCAAAGGGAGAAGAUGUCGUUCGAGCUAUGGAGAGCCCCCCCCUAGCCUCCUCAUCUCUUGGCGUGGAGCUUCAGGAGCCCCUCCUCAGAUUCUUCAUUGCUGUCAAAGCCGAUAAAGCUAAGGAGUCCAUGGCAGUUGCUGUCCUAUGCAAAAACCACUGGGGAGAGGUUGCGGAUGGUGUGAUCUGUUUUCUCCUUCUCGCUGAGAAGGUGCUUACCGUCGCAACUGCUGUUAUCCUCUGCCUCACCCUCGCUCAGGAGCUGGGUGCUGAAGACUUCUAUGUGCUUGUUUGAAUGUAAUGAAUUUUAUUCUAUUUUUGCUCUAAACUCGGAGGUCCCUUGGGACUGGACUAUUUUUAUUUACUUUUUGUUAAUAAAUAAAAUAAUCAAAUACACUGUACGUUUAAAAAUAAAAUAAAAUCAACCAAUAUGAAAUAAAUGACUUUUGAAUUUUAAAAUGUUUUUAAGGCAAAACUUAUUAUGAUAGGUUUUCCUUUUUUUACACAAAUAAAAUCACAUGAUUUCUAUAAAUUAAUGUAUAAUCAAAUUCUUUGACUUUUCAAUUUAAAUUCGAAUUUGUUCAUUCAUUAUUUAGUAAUACUAAUUAAUUCAUUCGAUGAAUUAUCGUAUCUCUAAUUCAUAAAAUAAUAUUAUUUUAAGCUAAAUAGUAAUAAUAAUAAUAUUAUUAUUUUAUUGCAUUUUGAAUUUUUUCAAAAUAAUAGGUAAAAUAUAAAAAUUUAAUAAAAUAAACAGAAAAAUCUCAUAAAGUACAUAAAUAUAAAUAUAAAAAUAAAAUAAAAUCUUAGAUAUUCAAUAAAAUAAAAUAAAAAAAUCCAGGCCUUAAUAAUAGGCUUUUAUCUAUAUUCUAAUAUAAAUCCCUCACUUAUCACUUUUCUUGUUAGGAACAAAAACGAAAGAGGAAACAAAAAGAAACUUCCCCUCUCCUUUUUCUCUUUGGGUAACCUUUUUCGAGCUCUAUAUAUUAUGGUGAUGGUGUUAAUUCUCGUUUGAUCGAGACAGUUCCAAUCUCAACACAAACCGCAAUUCCUCUGUAAAAGAAAGAGAAAAGGGUGAUACAGGGAGAGAGAUAGACGCUUCACUCGUUUUGGCUACGCGAUCUCUGUUAUUUGUGUUGUUUAUUUGUUUAGGGUUAAGCAAAACCCCACCCUAAUUUUGAGGCCUAUUGUAUUCCUGUUCCAAUAGUGCAAUUUAAUUUAGGGUUUUGGCUUUUUUGUCCUCAUUUUGGAUUUCUUUCCCCUUUAUUUUCGAAAAAGGUUUGAUUUUGAUUGUUCUGUAAUUGUAGUGCUCUUCUCGUGAUACUGUACAAUCAACGAUAAAUUUUUUUGUUCUUA